CAAGGAUGCUUCAAGGCAGUGACACAGAGGUGCGCCACAACAAGCAGCGAGAUAUCACGAUGACAUUUAUGCAGCUCAUGAGAAUGAUCGUCUGGCCAAAAGACCACGCAUGACACUGCCUGACGGGUUCCAGAGCUCCACGCCCAGCACUUCAAAACCGCAGAGGAGAGUUACCGAAUUUCCGAGAUUCACAGGCUUUGAAACCCCAGCAAGAGCCAACACGAGCACUACAGCGGCUUCAAAUGUUUUCAAGCCGCUCCAGCGGCCGUCAUUCGCAAUGCCCAGCAACCAUGCAGCAGCCGCCUCCCAUGACACAAAGUUGAAGGCGCUGAAGCCUCCCAUUAUCGCAACACUCUCGGCAGGUCCUUCGACACAUACUGCGAGUUCGUCGAAAUUCAGGGUGCUGAGGCCUCCUGCCCCGGCUGAAGUCUCGAUGGCUGGACCCACUCGUAAUUCGUCGAACCUACGGUCCCUCACCUCGGCAGUGACACAUCGACCCAUCUCAUCUACCGCAUUGCACACAGACCCGUCGCACGUACCUAUUACCAGUAUCCCCAACAGGACCCUCGUACCACGACAAAGCACAGCAGCAUCUACACCUAGUAGCUUGAAGCCACUCCCGCCGCCGCCGCCGCUCACCAAACGGACAGCAAAUUCUAGUAAUCCAGCGAUCAAGAGCAUCAUGCAGACGAACAUUGCAAAGGCGACAGACAUACACACAGACGGCGGCUCGGCGGAGCUUUUAUCGAUCUUUCCGCUGCAGAAUGUCACUGGCUACGUCAACCCAUACGACCGCGAGCUCAAUCGUGGUGUAGAGCAGAGUCCGGAGAAGCGGUCUAAAGCGAAGAACGCAAAGUAUCUACGUGGCGGCCUGGCAGAGGCGGCCAAUCUUCAACUGUCCGUGAUACGCAAUAACCAUAUUCUUUGGGAAGUAGAUCUCGCCCGUAUGCAGAAGAAGGGACAGUUCGCGAGGCCUGAAGUCCAUAUCCGCGUCCAUUCUAUACUCGACGCUUCGUCCGUACACAAUCCGAAGAGCUCACAUGCACCGCACGUUAUCCUCAUCCGAGGAACGGUCAUAUCUUCUGACUCACUUGAGAUACGACGCGGCGAAGUGACUGCGCUGUUCCGCCUUAGUGAGGUCCACCAUGGACCUGUGAAGUUAUCUCUACAACUCGCGGAGGGCCGAGAAGUCCAUGCAUGGAGACCGUGGACGCAUAUAACGAGACCUGGCGAAGAAGACGGAGGCGAUGCGUUCAUUUGGUGUUUCUCGCGCUUUCAUGUGUUCGAGUCCAAGAAGCGCCGGCUAGAGCCGUUCCCUAUGAUACCUUCCCAGUAACCUUGAAGACUCAUUAUCUUGACCGUCGAGCGUCCGCGUGCGCAUGAUGCCGUCAAAACAAUCGGCCAAUCCUGUCUGAGUGUUCACUCGAGAUAUCUCCGGACUCGUGAUAUUGUAUAGGUCACAAGCGAGAAUACGACCAGACAAAUUUACCUCAGCCUCGUCCAUAGCUGGCGAAAACGCACGCGCGCCAAUUCCACCAACGAACGCUUGCGGCUUCACCAUUUGCAGCUCACAUUUUGGUUGGUCGGUGUCUACAGCUCAACUCGCCUCAUCUGCCACCUACGCAUGGUAGUUCUCUCUGCGAACUCACCAGAUCAGAUGGUCUUCAUGCGUCCGAUGUCAGAAGCUCAAGCGCGGUCCGGGCGGAGAGCGCGAAUGUAGGUGGAAGCAGGCCUUCUGAUGCAGGCGUGUCCGUAAUUCCAACGGACGAGGAUCCACCUCGGCAUGGGAGAACGUCGUUCUAUUGCUUCCGCUUCUUUCCUAGCCUCUGGAUAUAAAUGCGAUGCCGCGCCGUCGACUACAGCGAGGCCAGCAUGGCCUACUUGUCCCUCUUAGCCGCCCUUGGCGUUUAUUGCGUCGUUGCCUUCGGUUUUACAGUAUCUUCGACACCUGGUCAAGUUAUCAACGGUAUCGGCGCGAGCGGGGCUUGGUGGCCGAAUGACGUGUUCAACUUCCCCGAGAGCGUGCGUGAACAGGUCGCAGAACUCCUCUUUGGCCCAUCUGGCGCUGGCUUGACCUCGUACCGCUACAAUGUCGGCGGAGGAGGCAUUGGUGUCAGCAACCCAACGCGUGCACCUGAGACAUUCUACGUCUCGCAAGGUGUAUACAACUGGUCUGCCGAUGCCGCAGGUGUCUAUUUCCUACAGAAAGCCUCGCAGUUCAAAGUCCCGCAAAUUACAGCCUUCGUGAAUUCGGCCCCGACGACAAUGACAAGUAACAAUGCUUCUUGCGGUGGGACGCUCGUCGAUGCACAGAUUCCAGCUUAUGCCCAGUAUCUUGCCGAUGUGAUUGCCCAUUGGAAAGAGGAAGGUGUCGUCUUCACUCAUGUGUCUCUGAUGAACGAGCCCGACGAUACUUUCGGCAGCUGUGGGCAGGAAGGCAUGGAGGUUACGCCUCAGCAGCGCGCAUCUGUUAUCAACACCCUUCGUUCCGCCCUCGAUGCUGCCGGCUUGCAGUCCGUCGGCAUCAUGGCCGACGAGUCGUCCAGCACAGGCAACUUCAUUCCCGAAGCGCCGGAAUGGAUACCGCAGGUGCAGAAGGGCGCACUUGCAGCUGUGAGCCACCACCAGUACGGAUUUGGCAGCGACGCGGAGGUCGCUCAGAUGGGCAGUAUUGGGAGGAACCUUAGCGGCGUGUAUACGUGGUUUACCGAGAUUUGCUGCUUCAAGGCGGCAGACUCUAGCCAGCAGAACAAUCCUGCUGCACCAUUAACUUACUCUGGCAUAUACGAACCUACAAUGAUCGGUGCCCUCCAGCUCGGACAGCUUGUCUAUCAAAGUUUCACCCAGGCGCUUGAUGCUCACUUUGACUUCUGGACUGCCUUGUCGAACGGCAUCGGCUGCGCACCACUUGGUAAUGCAACUUGCCCUACCGCACCAAACUCAAACGGUUGGAAUGAUGGCUUGAUUUACUACGAUCCCGAUUAUGCAACGAACCAGAACACCGCUCUGUACCAGGUUAAGCGCCUCUUCCUCAUGAAACACUUCGCAAACUUCAUUUGGAUGGGUUCAACGCGCUUCAAUGUCAGCGGUUUGCCGUCAAACGUCUUCGGUAUGGCGUUCAAGAAUCCCGCUCAGCAGUCGACACAGCUUGGCACAGCUCACUCCUCGCUGAUCCUGAUGAACAUGGGGAACAGCGCAAUCUCCGUCCAGCCCUCACAGGCGGGACUUGGUACCUCUAUCGGCGGUGCGCUGACGAGUCCAACUGUGGACUGGCAGACUUUCGGGGCCUCCUCGUCUGUUUCGCUCCCGGGCCUGAGUAUUACGACGUUACUGUUCAACUAGUGGACCCCAAUUUCGCACGUCUCACGAGUACAUUGCUCUUGGUCAAUGCGUUUAUCCAUGAUAUACAGAUAUGUUUUGC